CCUGCCUUCCCACUAACUGAUUUUCCACUGCACACACACCCUCAACCUCAAAUCAAAUGAAUACUGUUUAAAGCAGUUACCUGAUAUCUACAGUUUCAGAUUUUGUUCCUGAAAACAUCAGCAUCCUUGGAUUUUUAACAGCUGGAGUUUGAACUGGAUAAAGGAGAAAAUGACUGCAGUGAGUUCGUCGCUCUGCUGUACUCUGCUGCUUUUUGUCUGUGUGUUUGCAGAUAAGAAAAACAUCACAGCUGAGUCUGGACAGAACAUCACUCUGCCAUGUCGAGCUUUAAACACCAUCAUAGGUGUAGAGUGGAGCAGACCUGAUCUAAAUGAAGAAUAUGUCCUUUUGCACCGGGAUGGGCACUUUGAUCCAGCCAGCCAGCAUCCAUCUUUUAAGAACCGGGUGGAGCUGCAGGACAGACAGAUGAAGGAUGGAGACGUGUCUUUGAUUCUGAAGAAUGUGACAACUAAUGACACUGGAACAUAUGAGUGUCGUGUCAGAGGAGAAAACGAGUUAAAGAUCAAAGCUCAUCUAAGUGGUGACCCCAUCAGCAUCAUCAGUCUAAGUGUUGAUCCUCCAGGUCAGCUAAUAAUCAGAAGGGUCAGCGUGGGAGAGAAGAUAAAUGCUCCAUUUGGACUCAUAGUCGCUCAUUCAAUUUCUGCUGUGCUUCUUGUUGGUGGGUUUUGACCUACAGAAAACAUGAAGACAAGCAGACUCAACUGAACCAGCAUGUCUGAAAUGUCUCUGUUUGUCUUCCUUUGUUUUUGUUUUCAGUUUUCAGCUUUAUUUGUCAAAUGCAUGUUACCACUGGUUCAACACUGCAAUGAAAUGUGUUAGAUGAGCAUAAGACAAGUCUUUGAGCAGUAUAAUACAAUACACACUAAUAAUAAUAUUGAGUAUAAUACACUAUAACACUAUAGGUUAAAGAAAUAUAUACAUAUAAAAGAAAAUCUUAAGCACUAAAAUUGCAGUUCUAGACAUAAGAAGGAAAAUAGAAAUGUAACUGCUGGCAUGUAUUGAGGUUGGUGGCCAUGUAUUGGGGGGGGGUUCAAUGUAAUUGCAAUUGGGAGUGAGCUGCAGUAGAACUUUUUAGAGCAGUACGAGAUUUAAGGUGGCAAUUAGUACAAUAGUCAAAGGAGUUUGCAAAGAAAAGCGUCUGGACUUCUUUAAGUUGCUUGAAGACGUUUCACCUCUCAUCCGAGAGGCUUCUUCAGUUCUAAGGUCAAAUGACCGAGAGUCCCAGAUUUAAACAAGCCUUAAGGUAACCUGUGUGCCACAUUUUUAUUUGUAGCAUUUUAUUUUUAUUGCGUACUAAAAACAACAGUUAAAUAGAUUGAACAAUGCUGUGAGAAGCCUUGGAUUUUUUCUGCGUAUUUCAUCUGACAUUAGUUUUGUUUUGAAGGCCUGGGCUUGGUUUCAUCUUGAUAAAAGUUCUUAUUCAUUUUUUCCCCCUUCCAUUAAUCAUGUAAUCAAGCUCACUUCUCUCCUGGUUGUACAAAAGAAGUAACUGGAUAAGACCACUCUGAACUAAGAACAGACUUUAAAGCAUGUCAUAACAUAAGGCCCACAGACCAGAAUCACCCGAGUAAUGACUCCAAUCCGGCCAUCCUGAACGGCUUUGACAAAUGUGAAUGACAGGACAGAUUUUUAGACUUACCUGUGUGUGUGUUUUAUUUUUUUGUUUUUUAAAAAAAACAAGUUUUACGGUUUCUGUGUUGAUAAAAAGCUUCUGCAUUGCCAUUCAUACUACACCAAAGAGAAGUCACUGUUUUUCCCACCAACCCAAGUGGAUCAAAUGAGUGAAACUCCACUUUUUGUUAGCGUAAAUAAGUUUCACUAUACAUUUAAUCCCUGAUAGAUCUUAAAAUUAAAAAGAGGUGCAAUUCCAACACAAAUCUCAGUUUUUCUACAUGACAAAUGUGUAAAAUUACAAAAAAAAAAAAUCAUGUUAGCUCUUCCAUGUCUGUAAA